AUGUCGUUCCCUAAUGCAGACAUUCCCAGUAUGAGGACCUGUGGUUGUUUACUAGUGUUAUGUUUUGUGACUGUGUCCAUAAUUGAUGCACUACCACAAAGAACUCUCACGAGAACGAAACGUGGUUUCAGACAAGGAAUAGUCAUGCGUAUAGGACACGGAUUCGGUAAAAGGGGAGAUAACUUGUUUGAAGACUUUGAAAGAGGAACAGAAGAAGAAAAUGAUUCGCAGGUUUUGAUGCGUGUGGAAGAGUUAGCCGAACAAUUAACAGAACAUCCAGAAAUUGCAGAGGCCUUGAUUCGAAAGUUCGUUGACACAAACGGAGACGGAGUGGUGACUACAGGGGAACUACUUGGAAAACCGGAAGUAUAG